CAAGAUGAUGUUCACUCUGUUUGCUGUCUUUCUUUUCUCUUUAGGAGGGAUGAGUGCUGUGGAAGUAGAUGAUGGACGUCCAACAAGUUGUUGUGUAGGAGUGUCAAACACCAAAAUUCCAGUUAAAGACAUUGUGAAUUAUUCUAUGCAAACUACACUGCUAUGUCCUAUCAAAGCAGUACGAUUUCAGACCAAGAGAAACAAAAUUAUUUGUUCAGAUCCAAACGACGGUUGGGCUAAGAGAGUAAUACAUCAUCUGAAUGAGAAAAAGAACCCUCUGAAACCUUCCGAAGAGCCUAUAAGUGCAACAAACUUGAUCUCAACCACAACUUCAACAAACAAAACAGGAACAGAGGCAGAAACCAGCACGAGUACACUUGUUACACCAGUAGUGACGACUAUCAAAACAUCUGGCUAUAGUAACUUACACUAACCUGAAAUGUAGAGAACUUAAGGGGAAGUCGUGGCCUAAAUGGUUAGAGGGUUGGACUCCCAAUCGAAGGGUUGUGGGUUCUAGUCUCGGGCCGGACGGAAUUGUGGGUGGGGGGAGUGCAUGAACAGCUCUCUCUCCACCUACAAUACCACGACUUAGGUGCCCUUGAGCAAGGCAUCGAACCCCCAACUGCUCCCCGGGCGCCGCAGCAUAAAUGGCUGCCCACUGCUCCGGGUGUGUGCUCACAGUGUGUGUGUGUGUGUUCACUGCUCUGUGUGUGUGCAUUUCGGAUGGGUUAAAUGCAGAGCACAAAUUCUGAGUAUGGGUCACCAUACUUGGCUGAAUGUCACUUCACUUUCACUUU